CCGCUGCUGCGUAGUAAACGAAGUCGCAUUGAUGGCUAGUGUCGGCCGCCUGUUCUGCUCUGCCUGGACCAAGUGCAGGGUACCGGAGCUCAGCGUGCCCUGCGCGGGGUAUCACAAGAAGGUAGUGGAUCACUAUGAAAAUCCAAGAAAUGUUGGAUCCCUUGACAAGAACUCUAAGAAUGUAGGAACUGGUUUGGUUGGUGCUCCUGCAUGUGGAGAUGUUAUGAAACUCCAAAUAGAAGUUGAUGGGAGCGGGAAGAUUGUGGAAGCAAGAUUCAAGACCUUUGGAUGUGGCUCUGCUAUUGCAUCCAGCUCAUUAGUUACUGAAUGGGUGAAAGGAAAAACGGUUGAUGAGGCAAUGACAAUCAAGAACACAGACAUUGCCAAAGAACUGUGCCUUCCACCAGUGAAAUUGCACUGCUCCAUGCUUGCUGAAGAUGCUAUCCGAGCUGCCCUUGCAGAUUACAGAUUGAAGCAGGACAAGGAGCAGUCUGCAGCCAGUGGUUAGCUGAACCAAUCUGCCGCUAUCUUCUCAUCGCAACAUCACUUUGCUGUGCCAGUUUCUUUGUACAAACGGCACGCCUGUUAAAUAACAGCAGGCUUACGAUACGCACAAUAAUACAGCAGCUUGUCAAAGUAUGUGUGGAUGAGUUUAAUUUGUAGUGUUAUGAUUUCCUUAUGCACAUCUUGUACUUGCAAUAAGGAAGUAGCUAUGGCGUUUCCAUGAUUUUAGUAAGUUUGCUGCAAAACCUAGUACAUAAGUUACAGUGGGUAUAGGGUUGUCUAGACUACAACUUCAUUUUGAACCCCUUACCGGUGUAUUAUAUAAAUCAAAAGCUUACCCUGACAUUCAAAUAUUUAAGCUUUUCUGUGUAGGUGUCAACUAUUGCCACAGCUGCUCUACACUACAACACACAUAAUGUUCAGGCACCUAAAAGUUAUUGGCCAUUAUGGCAACUAUAUUCCACGGCUGCUGAAAUUUCACAUAUUGUCUGUUCCUUCUUUUGUCGUUUAAUGAACCCUUCAGAUUUGCUAUGAGAGGUGUUUUUGGAUCUAGUGCACAGGCCCUUAAGACAAGUUGCUUUUCUAUUUUCCCUGUAGUAAACACAUCAGAAACUGCACUAAUUUCACCAGAGCCACUGUCUAACAGAAUUUGUUUAAUAUUAAAGCCGUUCUUAAACUAUAUUCUUGCAGAUGGUCCUUUUUUUGAAAAAAAAUGCAUAGAGAAAUUUAUAGUAAGUUGAAUAACCCAAGGGUUGUAGCUACUGUAUCAGGUAGAUCAAACACCCUGCUGUUCUCUUUGCUCAGAUGAGUCCUUUUUAGACAUUAUGCUUAUCAUUGGGCUUGUAAUUUACCCCCUUUAGUAUUCAAGCUGUUGAUCUUUCCUCCUUAUUUACUUGGUUGUUAAAGUGGCUGUUACCUUCUGGGGUCUUUGCAUAUUUUGCAAAGAUUGUAGCUGGUGAUUGUGGUCCUUUUUGCAUUGUAAUGGACCUGAGGUUCAGGGGAAGGUGGUGUUUUGGUUUUUUUUUGGUUUGUUUUUUAAACUUGACUAAACCAAUCUCUCGCAAGCGCCCCAUCUUCUUCCACAAGGACCUCUUCAGCUCUUAGUGCUUCAUCUGCCAAGAGUCAACAUCAGUGCUGUAUGCUCGUGCAUGCACUAAAAUACAACACUGAUGGCUAUGGAGGAAACUCUGAGACGGCGAGAUCCUCCAUAGAAAGAGCCCUUUUCCCCUCCGCCGUAACUAGUAAGGACUUGAAUAAAGGUAGCGCUGCCUUUUUGUCAAGCGGAGGAAAAAUUACAUAAGACAAAGUAGCCCCUACUACAUCUCAUGACUCGGUUAGAUUGUCAGUGAAAUUCCAACCCAGUCUUUAUGAGCUUUUCGUAAAUGUUAUCUUUAUGAAUUUUUUUUUUUUUUUUGAGCAUACAGUCACAAUGCUUUAUAUUUCAUUGUAAGCAACUGUUUUUUGUUUUUGUUGUUUUUGUUUUUUCUUGGAACAGUUUCUAAGAAUUUUUAUCACUGAGACCCUCCUCAAAACCAAUGCAACCUUUAGUGACUAGACCUUAAGGUACAUGGAUCAUAACCCCGUUUUCAUGCACUGGACUAGAAGAUAGUGAGAGUUCUGUUAUAACCUUUCUGGAGCAAAAGCUGUUCUCAUAAGUAUUGUUUAUUUUUCCCUCAGACUGAAUAAGACCCCAACUUUUGUGAUCCAGAUUUUUGUUUUCAAAUUAAUUUUUUUUUUUUUUUUUU